AUGGCGCCCACCACCACCAAGACUACUGUGCAGACACCUGGUCCGCCGAAGCUUUCCGACAUGAAAGACUGCAUCGACCAGCUCACAUUUGAACAGAUCCUGGAGAUGGACGAUGACGAUGAUGAGAUGGACUUCAGCAAGGGAAUUGUCUUCGGUUUCUUUGACCAAGCUGAGGCCACCUUUGAAAAGAUGGAAAAGGCCCUUGAGGACAAACAACUCAGCGAGCUAUCUUCAUUGGGACAUUUCUUGAAAGGCUCGUCAGCUACUCUGGGGUUGACUAAGGUGAAGGAUGCAUGUGAGAAGAUCCAGAACUACGGUCUUGGGAAGGAUGAGACGGGUACCAACAACGAAUCGGAGGAGGAGUGUCUGAAGAAGAUUAAGAAAACCCUGUCGGACUGCAAGGUGGAUUACAAGGAAGUAGAGAGCUUCCUCCGCAGAUAUUACGGCGACAACAGCAGCAGCAACAACGAGAACAAGAAUGACGACAAGUAG